AUGAUCGAUUCCACUCUAAGCGCUUUAGGAGCGAAACUGGUGGUCGCUUCAUCCCAUGACGAGAAUUAUCCACCUGAAAACAUUAUUGAUGGAAGCACUAACACGUUUUGGAUGACAACCGGGAUGUUUCCACAGGAGUUUAUUAUUCGUUUUGCUAAAUCUACCAGCCUCAAAGCUGUGACCGUGGACAGCUACAACGUAAAGGACAUACGAAUUGAAACAAGUGCCUCAGAAGCAACCAACAAUUUUGAGCUUGUCGAAGAAAAAGAAUUUCCUCUUACACAGGGUCGUCUUCAGUCUAAUGUCAUUUCGCUAAAUGAAACGACUGCAACACACCUGCGCUUUAUUAUCAAAUCUGGUUAUGAUCACUUUGUUUCUGUGCAUAAAUUAAGUGUUCAGACCUAA